AUGGCCAGCGAGCAAGGCGCUCCAGACAAAAUCCCUCCAAAUCAACCGAACCCUGUCAUCGUCGGACCGGGAUUAUCUGCACUCGGUGAAGAAGCAUACGUCGAUGCCUCGACCGCCACUCCAGCCGUCGUCCCAGCGACCACCACCACCGCCAACGCUGACGGGGCAGCAGACUCGUACUUCUCCCAAGUACCGGGUACAGCGACCGCGAUCAAGGAUGCAUACGCAAAAUCGCCCAUGAGUCCUGCCGAUGCCGCAUCGGGUGUGACAUCGGGUCCCGAAUUGCUUCGACGUCUGAGUCUAAUGGGCGGCGCUCAUCUUACCCCGGCCACUCCUGUGACCGAUCCGCGGGCGGACCAUCCAGGACUCCAAUUGACAGGUCGCAUUAUCAGUGCGUCGUUGUGUAUACCGUACAAGGUCGCACAUCAGCCGGGAGCAGACUGGGAAUUGAGUCCUCGCUCAGGAACAUCCGCCUUGUUCGAUUCAUUUGCUCAUCUCGCAUCUGAUCGGUCGCCGUGGAAUCAUACGUUAGUGGGCUGGACGGGAGAAGUGGAAGAGAUCGUCAGCAAACGAGCACCCUUGCAACCAGUCAGCGCGAACGGCGUACCUACCGCGCCUCUCCCUGUCAACAAAGCAUCUGCACCAGUCCCGGUAGACCUUUCUCAGCAGGUUCAAUCGCCCGUGGACGGUGUUUUGGUCUCCGCUGCCGACAGAGAACGUCUAGAGAGGCAGUUGAAAUCUAGCAAGUAUGGCCGUAUUCUACCAGUCUGGGCAAUACCCGAGUCAGACGAGCCCCAAGACGACAUUUUGUUACAAGAUCAAUCACGUUGGAGGAGAUAUGCAGAAAGAGAAUUGUAUCCGCUUUUACACUACAAGCAAAAUGGCCCGUCAGACGGACGCUCAGAACGGAAAUGGUGGACAGACUACAUGCGGUUGAAUCGCUUGUUUGCCGAUCGCAUUGCCGGAACAUAUCAAGCUGGGGAUAUCGUAUGGAUUCACGACUAUCAUUUGUUCCUUUUGCCGAACCUUUUGCGACAACGGAUUCCUAAUAUAUUUAUUGGAUUUUUCCUUCACUCUCCAUUCCCUAGCAGUGAAUAUAUGCGCUGUCUGGCCAAACGGAAAGAAGUGCUUACUGGAGUGCUAGGCGCCAAUAUGAUCGGAUUUCAGACCUACUCUUAUUCAAGGCAUUUCUCAUCAUGCUGCACCCGGGUCCUCGGAUUCGAGUCCAAUUCUGCGGGCGUCGAUGCAUACGGAGCGCACGUUGCGGUGGAUGUCUUUGCCACUGGAAUUGAUGCACAAAAUGUACAGCGCGCAGCUUUUGGUUCGGCAGAGACUGAACAGGUCGUCGCAAACAUCAAGAAGCUGUACGCAGGCAAGAAGAUCAUUGUCGGCAGAGACCGAUUGGAUAGUGUCCGCGGUGUGGCGCAGAAACUGCAAGCCUUUGAAGCGUUUUUGGAGAAGUAUCCUCAUUGGCACGACAAGGUCGUCCUCAUUCAAGUCACGAGCCCCACCAGUAUGGAAGAGCAAAAGGAAGAUCCCGAGAACAAGAUCGGCAGCCAAGUCUCCAGUCUCGUCUCUACAAUCAACGGCCGAUUCGGAUCUUUGAGUUUUACGCCUGUGCAGUACCAUCCUCAAUACAUCUCACCACAAGAAUAUUUCAGUCUCUUGCGCGUUGCAGAUGUCGGUUUGAUCACUAGUGUUCGUGACGGUAUGAAUACGACGAGUUUGGAAUAUGUGCUUUGCCAGCAGGGCAACCACGGUCCUCUGAUUCUGUCCGAAUUUUCAGGGACUGCCGCCAUGCUCACCAGUGCAAUCCACAUUAACCCCUGGGAUACGAGCGGCGUUGCUGCAGCGAUUGACCAGGCGCUCAGCAUGAGCGAAAAGGAAAAGGUUGAGCGCCAUCAGGUUGCCUAUAGACAUGUCACAUCCAACACGGUGUCGAUGUGGUCACAGCAUUAUCUGAACCGCUUGCUCACGAAUCUGUCCUCCUUUGACCAGUCCAUCGCCACGCCAGCCUUGGACCGAGCACAAGUCUUGAAGCAGUACCGAAAGGCUAAGAAACGACUGUUCAUGUUCGAUUACGACGGAACAUUGACGCCGAUCGUCAAGGACCCACAAGCUGCAAUUCCAUCCGAUCGCGUCCUUAGAAACAUCAAGAGUCUAGCGGCAGACCCGAGAAACUCAGUAUGGAUUAUCAGUGGCCGAGACCAGGCAUUCCUGGACGAAUGGAUGGGCCAUAUCCCCGAGCUCGGGCUGAGCGCCGAACACGGAUGUUUCAUUCGCAAACCGCGCAGUGACGACUGGGAGAAUCUUGCUGCGCAAUCCGAUAUGUCAUGGCAAAAGGACGUCAUGGAUAUUUUCCAACAUUACACGGAACGCACACAGGGUUCAUUCAUUGAGCGGAAACGAGUUGCAUUGACAUGGCAUUAUCGUCGGGCUGAUCCUGAGUACGGCGCAUUCCAAGCCAAAGAGUGUCGAAAACAUCUUGAGAACACAGUCAUGAAGAAAUAUGAUGUUGAAGUGAUGGCUGGAAAGGCGAAUCUCGAAGUGCGACCUACAUUUGUCAAUAAAGGGUUCAUCGUGACGAGAUUAUUGAAUGAAUACGCCAAGGGGGAAGCGCCGGAAUUCAUGUUCUGCAGUGGUGAUGACUUUACCGAUGAGGAUAUGUUCCGCGCUUUACGUCACUCGAAUCUUCCCCAAGAACACAUCUUCUCCGUGACUGUAGGCGCAAGCUCCAAACAGACACUGGCAAGUUGGCACCUUCUCGAGCCGGCAGAUGUGAUAGCGACAAUAGGAAUGUUGAAUGGGACGUCGAUGGGAGCUGAAUACUCAUAACCUAUCCACCCGUCUUUACGAGUCUGAUACAUAGAUAUUGAGGAAUGAGACGACAGUUAUAUACACAGUACACGCCGUGAAUGACAAGACAACGACCAUUGAAUUACAGCUUCUUGCUUCUUGAAAACGACUCGGAAAAAGAUAUAAAAGAGAGACGGAAACGGAAUCAAUGAAAACGAACUUAAUAACUUAGACUAAAUCAGUUAUGUUAUACAGACUGUUCUUGUUUUUUUUUUUUCUUUGCCCCUUUUCUUCCUUAUUCUUAUUCUUGUUCCAUGUUAGAUGGGUUUGCUGUCUCUUUCAUGACAUGUUUGUUCUUGUCUUCAUGUAUAGAUUAUGGAUAGAUGAAUGAGGUUUAUGCUUGGUAUG